AUGCUCCAUUUCCAUUCGUCCCCUCCUGUGCACUCAGGUGAACGAUUGUCAUUCCUUGUCGCUUCUCCCCUCCCCCUAUCCCACCGCCCCUCUUCCCCCAGUUGCUAUUUUGUUCCCCCUUUCCCUGCUGCCGUUUAUCCCCUUCCCCAUGUGGCCCGCCUUUUCCUGCUGCUGCCACUCCUCCCUCCCCUGCUCCUCCACACCUCACUGCACAGGCGCACGCCUUGCAUUAGGCUCGCCCAAUCAGCCAUGGCUCGGAUGACUGCAGUGGCCACGCUGCUACCAGGGCUGCUUGUCGCCGCUGUUCUCGGCACUGCCAUCGCUGUCAUCACCAGGAUGACAGCCAAUGGCGUCGCUGCCUACCGUCAGCACACCCUUGCCCUCAACGUGCCUCUUCACUCUCUCCACACCCUGUCACGGGAUGCAAAUCAUCUACACCUGCUGUAUUCUGCCAUCACCACUCUCACCACCACGCUCAUGGCACUGCUGUGGGGGAUGGGCGUGACCCACACGCAAGUCAGAGCAUGGGUGCAUCAGCAGGGCUUGGCUGUGACGGCUGGGCUGAAGAGUGCAAGCAAGUUUGUCCUGCAGCUACCUUGCAGUUCCCUUUUCUUUCUUUACUUCCUCGUUUUCUCGCAAGGCUGCACCUGUAAUUUCUCUCACCUAAUCUCCCAAUGUUUCCUUUUCAAUGUCUCCUGCCAUGUGCACCCGCGUGCUGCCAUCACUCCAUUCGUGCUGCCAUCACUCCAUUCGUGCUGCCAUCACUCCAUUCGUGCUGCCAUCACUCCAUUCGUGCUGCCAUCACUCCAUUUGUGCUGCCAUCACUCCAUUCGUGCUGCCAUCAUUCCAUUCGUGCUGCCAUCAUUCCAUUCGUGCUGCCAUCAUUCCAUGUGCAUUCGUGCUGCGAUCUGUAGGACACGUGUCACUUCCACGAUGCUGGGAUGGAUGAGGAGAGUGGGUGAGGCUGUUGCGACUGUCAUGGCGAGUAUGGUCGGAGCACACGAGUGGAAGGAGGCGAUGGAGAUGAGGGUCAGUGCACUUGGCAUGCAGCUGGAGGAGACAAGGAGGGAGUUGGCAGCAGCCAGGAGGGAGGUCAUUGCAGUGAAAGGGGAGUUUGCUGCAGUGAAAGAUGAGACGGAAGCGGGAAUGAGGGGCCUUGGCGUGCAGCUAGAAGAGACAGGGAAGGAGUUGGCAGCAGCCAGGGGGGAGGUCGCUGCAGUGAAAGAGGAGUUUGUCGCAGUGAAAGAUGAGACGGAAGCGGGAAUUAGGGGCCUUGGCGUGCAGCUAGAAGAGACAAGGAGGGAGGUGGCGGAGGUUGAGAGGAGAAGGACAGUGGAGAUGAGGGAGAUGAGAGGGCAGGUAGAGGAGAGGGAGAGGGAGCUGACCGCAGAAUUGGCUGCAGUUAAGGUCGAGUUGGCUACAAUCCAAGGGGCAGUGGCCGAACACAAGCAGUCAAGUGCAUUGCAGCUGGAGGAGGCCGAGAGGAGGCGAGUGUCGGAGAUGCGGGGGCAGGUGGAGGAGAGGGAGAGAGAGCUGGCUGCAGUGAAGGCAGAGCUGGCUGCACACAAGGAGGAUAUGAAAGAGAAAUGGGAUGUGGCAGAGAGAAAAAGGCAAUCUGAUUUGAGAGAGCUGACAGAGGAGGCCAGAAAGAAAGAGGAUGAGAUGAGAAAGGAGUUGGCAAGGGAGAGGGAGGAGAGGAGGACGGAGGUGCAAGAUGUUGAGACGAGAGGAGCAGCAGAGCUGAGAGAGCAGGUGGAGAAGAGAGAAGGGGAGCUGGCUGCACUGAAGAGGGAGCUGGCUGAAAAGAAGAGAAUUCUGGAUGCUCUCAUGACGCUGGAUGCUUUACAGAAACUCAUCCAGAGUGACGACGAUCAGGAGACUGCAUGGAAGGUGAGUGCUGAGUGA